AUGCAGCAAAAUCAGAAGGAGGUUCUAAUAGUUGAUGAAGAUGGAAGUAAUGGCUUAAAGAUCAAUGAGGUAGGAGGCAAUACUAAACAACUGAGAGAUCAGGUCAUCAAUAAUACUACAGUAAAGAUUAGUACAGAAGUACUAGAGAUAGAUGGAAAGCCUGCAGAAUCAGUGCCAAGUGCAGCAGAUCUCUCUCCUAGACAGACAAGGCAAAUAAGAAACUCAAAAAUAAAAGGAGGAAAGAAGGAAACCGUUCCCCCUGUCAAACUAGUAUCAAAGAGAUUUAGAAGGAAGUUAGGUAUGGAAACAACUUUUGUCAAUAUCUCAGGAAAACUCUGGUUAUUCCUCUCAGAGGAUGUGCAGGGUUCUGUGGAGAUAGACAAUGAACAGCAGAUUACUUUUAAGCUGCUUCACCAAUGUUUAAACUGUAUUAUAGUCUUACCAGUGGUGUAUGCCUCUUGUGAUGCUAGAGAAAGAAUAGUGCUUUGGCAUUCCAUUAACCAGGUCUCUAAUCUUUUUGAUUUACCUUGGCUGGUGGGAGGUGACUUCAAUGUCAUAUCCACAGAAGAGGAAACAUUAGGAGGUCUACCAGUCUUGUAUAAUGAGGUAGUAGAUUUCAAUCAUUGUCUCAGCAGUUGUGGUCUACAGGAUCUUGGAUAUGUAGGUAGCACAUAUACAUGGUGGAAUGGAAAAGCUGAAGAAGCAUGCAUUUUUAAAAGAUUGGACAGGAUGGUCUGUAGUGAUAAAUUGCUAGAGGUAAUGCCCACCAUGAAGGUAACUCAUCUGAUAAAAAAGGGAUCAGAUUACUCUCCUUUGGAACUUGAAUUCUCCACAACUACUGAGGAGGUUAUCAAGCAACACUGGUGUAUAGAGUUUGAAGGAAAUCCAUUUACCAAGUUUCAUCACAAGCUCAAAAAGGUGAAGAAUGCAUUGAGAAGUUGGAGUAAGAACAUAUAUGGCAAUAUUUUUCAGCAAAUUGCAUCACUGGAAGAGGUAAUCAAAGUCCAUGAGGAGCAAAACUCAAAGUUCUUCCAUGCUUAUGUAAGAGGGAGGAGAAAGAAACUUAGAGUGGAUAAUAUCCAAGAUGCUGAUGGAAAUUGGCUAACCAAUCAAGAGGAGAUCUCUCAAGAAGCAGUCAGAUGCUAUCAAAAGCAGUUUGAAGAAGACAAAAUUCCUUCUAAGUUUUGUUUACUAAAGCAUAUCCCUACCCUAGUCACAGAAGAUCAGAAUCAUACCGUGGAGAUGCUACCAAAUGAAGAAGAAGUCAAAGAAGUUGUUUUUGCCUUGAAUGGAGAAAGUGUCUGUGGUCCUGAUGGAUUCACAGGAUUGUUCUUUCAAUCAGCUUGGGAGAUAGUCAAACUAGAUGUGGUGGAUAUGGUGAAGGAAUUCUUUGUGGGGCAAGCAUUACCAAGAUUCAUCACUCAUACAAAUCUGAUUCUUAUCCCUAAGAAAGAGCAGGUGCAAAGUUUCUCAGAUCUGAGGCCAAAUUAG